AUGGACGAACUCUUCAAGCCCGCUCCCGAGCCCGCCACCCCUCUGGGUCGGUACCGAGUGCUCUCAUCAACAGCCGGCGUCCGCGUCUCUCCCCUCCAACUAGGCGCCAUGUCAAUCGGCGACUCCUGGAACCAAUUUAUGGGUAGCAUGAAUAAAGAGCAAUCUUUCGCCUUGCUCGACGCCUUCGUCGCAGCCGGAGGCAACUUCAUCGACACAGCGAACAACUACCAAAACGAGCAAUCCGAAACCUGGCUCGGCGAAUGGAUGACCGCCCGCAAAAACCGCGACCGAAUGAUCAUCGCCACCAAAUUCACCACAGACUACCGCAGCCACGCCCUCGGCAGCGGCAACACCCCAAACUCCUGCGGUAACCACAAGCGCAGCAUGAUCCUGAGCGUGCGCGACUCCCUCCGCAAACUCCAAACCGACUUCAUUGACGUCCUCUACCUCCACUGGUGGGACCACACCACCUCCAUCGAAGAAAUCAUGGACUCUCUCCACAUCCUCGUCGAACAAGGCAAGGUCAUGUACCUGGGUAUCUCGGACUCGCCCGCAUGGGUAGUUUCAGCCGCGAACACAUACGCGCGCGCACACGGCAAGACACCAUUCUCAAUCUACCAGGGACGGUGGAAUGUGAUGCGUCGGGACUUCGAGCGUGACAUCCUGCCUAUGGCGCGUCACUUUGGAAUGGCGCUCGCGCCCUGGGAUGUCCUUGGUAGUGGACACUUCCAGUCCGCGAAGCAGGUUGAGGCGCGGAAGCAGUCUGGCGAGGGCUUGCGGAAUGUGUUUGGGUCUGAGCAGACGGAGGAUGAGAAGAGGGUUUCAGAGGCGCUUGAGACUGUUGCCGCGGAGCAUGGGAUUGAGUCUUUGACUGCUGUUGCGUUGGCUUAUGUGCUUUGCAAGGCGCCGAAUGUGUUCCCGCUUGUUGGGGGUCGCAAGAUUGAGCAUUUGCAUGAUAAUAUCCAGGCUUUGAGUAUUCGGCUUACGGAGAAGCAGAUUGCUUUCUUGGAGUCGGCGACUCCUUUGGACAUUGGGUUCCCUGGUAACUUUAUUGGUGUUGACCCGGCUGCGGGUGGGCAGCCGUCUUUCCUGGUCGGUAUGUCUGGGAAGAUUGAUUAUGUCCAGGCGCCCCGUGCUGUUGGAUAUGAGCCUACUGCCUAG